AUGAGUCUUUCGUUUCAUGAUACAUUUUCUCUUGUUCAGAAAAGUAUUACAUCAUUACAAAAUCCAAACAGCCAAGUAGACGCAGAAAAUGUAAUUGAAAAAUCACGUAAACUCGUUUUACGUUGUUAUAAUGCACUUGCUUCACAACAAGAAUUAUCUGGUGUACAAGUUGCUUCUUAUCUCAUGAAUUGGGACGACCAUUACACAACACAUAAAUUUCAAGGUCUUUAUUUAAUUCAAACUGAAAGAUUUUUACAAAGUGAAUUAAAUGAAAUGCGUGCAAAACAAAAUCUUCAAUCGACAUCACAAGGUAAAUCUAAUUAAUUCCUUCUAUAUGCUUAUUACUCAAUUGGCUCUCAUACAGUGACAAUCUUUUUUUUCUAUAUGUACAGCGUGAGAGACGCAUAGAGAGAAAGAGAAGGAGGAAGAGAGAAGAAAGAGGAAGAAGAAGAGAUAGCGAUAGGCUGAAAUUGAACAUAAGGAAAGUUGACCUAUAACAAUUGAAUAGCCACACACACGUAGAUGUUCAGACAGAAAGAAAAGAGGAAUGGUAGGAAGAAGGACAACGUUCAUUCUACAAACAAUCAAUCUGUGAAAAAUUAAAGGAAAAGGAAACAAGCAGCUUGAUAUAUCUUUGAAGCGUAGUCAUCAAUAUGUAAUGUACGAUGAGAAGGCGUCAAUGUGAUCUCAGUACUGUUUCUACAUAUAAGUAUUGAGAAGCAAGUUGAAUUAUACACAUAAGACUAAUUACUGAUAUAUGAAAUGAUGAAGCAAUUAACGAUGAAAACAAC